AUGAAAUUUUUUAAAUCAAAAAAAGAUAAGACAUUGGACGAAGCGUAUGGCGAUUUAGAAAAAAGUGUAAAAAGCAUUGACGGCAACAUAGAAAAAUAUAACAAAGAAUUGAAUAUAAUAAAACAAAAAAUUGAGGAGGAGAAAAAGAAAAAGCCUAUUAAUCAACACGCAAUUAACACUUUACGAAAUAAAGCUGUGAUUAUAAUUAAUAGGAAAAAAACAUAUGAAAAUAAUAAAGAAAGUACACUUGGAAUUCAGUUUAACAUAGAUCAAAUAAAGUUUGCAAAUGAUAAUGUACAAAUGUCCAUUGAGACAUGUAAAGCUCUACAAAAUACUAGCAAAGUACUGAAAAAAAAUAUAAAAAAAGUAAAUAUUAGCAAGAUAGAAAAAUUGCAAGAUGACCUUUAUGACUAUAUUGAAGAUACAAAAGAAAUUGGAGCGAUAUUAUCUUCCUCUUAUGAAAUACCUAUGGAAUUAGAUGAAAAUGAAAUCGAUGCAGAGCUGUCAUUAAUAGAAGACAGUAUACUAGAUGAAAAUAUAAACGAUAAUAUAACAAGCUACAUAGACAAUGAAAAUGAAGAAGAGGAACAUAAGGAAGAAGAAAAAGAAAAAGCAUCUAUACAAGUGACACCUACCGGUGAAGGGUAUAACGAAACCGUUAAAAAUAAAGCAAAGCAAGGUGAAAAUUAUUUCACGCAGAAAGAAAGUUAG